GCUUAGCUGCCCCACAGGCAACACACAACAGAACAGCACAGCAGCAACAACACGCAGCGCAUUGCAAUCCCCGCUGAUGCUGCGACCGAGCAACACCUGCAGCUGGAGCUGGAAUUAGCCACAAAUAAAUUGCAUUAGCUAGCAGUUAGUCAAAGAGUCUCUCGUUGAAAACAUUGGAGCUCAGCAGGAAAAGCCGGCGUCAUCGCAUUGAUCAACACAAAAAUAUAUCUCUAUAAACAACAAGUUGAAAAAAGUCCUCUAAAAGAGAGAAAAAAGAAAGCAAGACACAGGGGAAGAGGGACAGUGAGCGGAGAGUCAGUGUGACCAGGUGACCAGGAGAGAGGGAGAGGCGUUUUCGCUGUGAGCAGCACAUAAACAAAUCGCCCAUUUGAAUGGAUCCCUGUGUUGGCUGGUUUCAGGAGGAACAGGAGGGACCAGCGUUGCGCACAUGGUUAAAGAUUUGGGAGACGAAUGCCCAGGAAAUGGGUGCACUUCUCGAGCAGCAGCUACAACAGAAUAACAACAAUAACAACAACGGCAGCAACAACAACGGCAGCAGCAACAACAGCAACAGCAACGCUGGUGGUCAACAGGUGGUGGGCACAAGCAAUACAAAUACUAGGCUGCUAAGCAACGGUCCUACAAUCAGCCUGCGUGAUCCCGACUCAUUACAAAUUCUUCUUCAGCAGUUUAACGGUACAGCGGCAUCGCGUCACGGCAACAAUACCAACAACACUAACGGAGGCAAGAGCUCAAGCAACACAUCUAUCGAUUCCACAUCGAACAACGACAAUAACUCCUCCUCGCCAGUGAGCAGCAGCAGCAACAGCAGCAGCAGCGGCGGCGGCGGCAACAGCAACGUCAACAAUACAGCAACAAGCAGCACAACAGGCAACGGGACAACGACAUCGGUAACAGCAACAGUUGCCGCUGCAACAGCAACUACCGCAGUGACGACAUCAUCAAAUACAGCAGUAGGAGCAGCAGCAACAGCUGCUGCAAACAGCACAACGACGCCGCCAGGUAGCGAUAGCAACAACAGUAGCAGCAGCAGCAGCAACAGUAGUAGCAAUAACAACAGCAACAACACGACCACCGGCAACAGCAACAACAGCGGCGUCGGCAGCGGCGCCUUCAACAAUUUCGUAGUGAAUCCCGCGUCCAAAAUGCCGCUGCAUGAGCGAGCCAACACCUAUUACAAUCCAUCGCGCAGGAAACGUGUGGUUGACAACAAAUCGAGCACACUCAAUUUGAAUAAGCACGCCGAAAUGAUUGCCAAAUACGGCGGUUGUCCGUGGCGAAAGCGCGACUUCAUCUACGGCGAGGGCAUCAUUGGACUGCACGAGGAGAUCGAGCAUUUCUAUCAGUAUGUGCUGCCCACGGCCUGCGAGCAUGCCAUACGCAAUGAGGUGGUCAAACGCAUCGAAAACGUUGUCCAUUCCAUCUGGCCCCAGGCGGUUGUCGAGAUAUUUGGCUCCUUUCGCACCGGCCUCUUUCUGCCCACCUCAGACAUUGAUCUCGUUGUGCUAGGCCUGUGGGAAAAGCUGCCGUUGCGCACACUGGAAUUCGAGCUUGUAUCGCGCGGCAUUGCCGAGGCGUGCACGGUCCGUGUGCUGGAUAAGGCAUCGGUGCCGAUCAUCAAGCUAACGGAUCGCGAGACACAAGUGAAGGUCGACAUAUCGUUCAAUAUGCAAUCGGGCGUACAGUCCGCGGAGCUGAUUAAGAAAUUCAAACGCGAUUAUCCGGUGCUGGGCAAACUGGUGUUGGUGCUCAAGCAGUUUCUGCUGCUACGUGAUCUCAACGAGGUGUUCACCGGCGGCAUCUCGUCGUACUCACUGAUCCUCAUGUGCAUCAGUUUCCUGCAAUUGCAUCCGCGCGGCAUCUUCCACGACAAAACGAAUUUGGGCGUGCUGCUGCUUGAAUUCUUUGAGCUGUAUGGCCGACGAUUUAAUUACAUUCGAAUUGGCAUCUCCAUUAAGAAUGGCGGCCGUUAUAUGGCCAAAGAUGAUCUGCAACGUGACAUGGUCGAUGGCCACAGGCCAUCGCUGUUAUGCAUCGAGGAUCCCCUAACGCCUGGCAAUGACAUCGGACGCAGCAGUUACGGUGCCCUCCAUGUCAAGCAGGCCUUCCAAUGCGCCUAUCGUGACCUUACCCGGGCCGUCAAUCCGCUCAAUCUUUGGGACACCGAUCCGAGUACCCAUUCCAUAUUAGGUCGGAUAAUACACAUCACCGAUGACGUCAUCGACUAUCGCGAAUGGAUACGCGAGAACUUUGAGCAUCUGGCUGUCGUGGAUGCAGCACCGCUGCCCGCCGCCGCCGCCGCAGCUGCCUACACAAAUGGCGGCGCCAAAUAUGUGAUCAUGCCCUCCGGUGCCGUUGUGCAUCAGAUAUAUCAUCCGCAUGCGGUGCUGCAGCCGCACGCCAUCGCCCAGCCAUAUCAUACGGCUGCAGCUGCAGCGGCAGCACAAGCGGCGGCACAACAAGCGGCGGCGGCGGCAGCGGUUGCUGCACAGCACCAACACCAGCAGCAGCAUCAACAGCCGCUGCAGCAGCAGCUACAGCCGCAGGCUCAAUCGCAGCUGGCCAUUGGCAAUUUGAAUCUGAGCGCAUUGCGUCAUCGGCGUGGCAGCACUUCAUCGGGCGAUGAUUCCGAGGACAGCAAAGAUUGUUGCGAUGCCGAUCGUGAGACGACAACGACGACGACGACGUCGGGGGGCAAUCAACAAAUUGUCGAGGUCAUUGACAUCACAUCGUCGCCCCCAAAUGGACUGGAGAAUGUGAACACAACAGCCAUUGUGCCCAUGCCCAUUGUGGUGGCCAACAGCAGCAGCAACAUCAGCAGUAGCAGUAGCAACAGCAGCACCAGCAACAACAACAACAACAUCAGUGUUGGGGGCGGCGGCAAUGGAAGCAGCAACAGCUCGUCCACGGGCUCGUCGCCAGACAUGGAUCACCACCACCACCACCACCAGCAGCAGCAACAACAACAACAACUUGGUGAACUUCCUCCCGCGGAUGCAGUGGACAACGAGGCGACAGCGGCACCGACGACGGCAACAACAGCAGCAGCAGCAACCACACCUACGGCCUACCACGUCAGCAGCAGCAGCAACUCAAGCAGCAGCAGCAGCAGAACCUAUGGCCAGCAUCAUCACCAGCAGCAGCAGCAACAACAGCAGCAGCAACAGCAGGGAGGAGGUCAACAGCGAAGUCACACCAAUUCCUAUUAUCGCCAGCAGUUCUAUGUGCCACCGCCAAUGCAACAGCAGCAACAGCAAUUGAACAAGUCCAUGUCCAAUCCACAGCAGCAGCAACAGCAGACCAACUACAAUGGCCAUCAUCAGCAACAGCAGCAACAACAGCGACCACAGCAUUUGCGGCUGUCGAGCAGCAAUAGUAGUAACAACAAUGCUGGCAACAGCAACAACAGUGGCGGAAGCUAUCACCAUCAUCAUCACCACCAUCAGCAACAACAGCAGCAGCAGCAGCAACAUCAUCACCAUCAGCAGCAGCAGCAGCAAAUGCAUCAUCAUCAGCAGCAGCAGCAACAGCGGCGACAUUAUCAACAGCAAUCAAGCUCAUCAGGCUCAUCAACGUCAUCGAAAGCGGUAGGUUCGCCCACAGUGUCAUCCACAACGUGCACAGCAGCAGCAGUAGCAGCAGCUGCAACGGCGGCAUCAUCGGCAACAUCGAGUAGCAACAGCCAUAGUAGCCACAACAACAGUAGUCACGGUAGUCACAGUCAUAGCCACAGUCAUAGUCAUAGCCAUAGCCAUAGCCGAUUGCCGUCAAUGCGCGAGACACUGGUUAGUUCACCCUCUUCAAUAUCAAUCAUUUCCAUAUCGUCUGAAUCCUCAGUUGGCAGCUCAAGCUCAUCCUCAUCCCGUUCAUCGCGUUCCGGCUCGGGCGGAGAGUCCACCGACUCGGCUGCCGGGCAAUUGGUCGCGUCUGACGAUCGCUGAAGAAUACAAUCUCAUGCAGUACCAGAGGCGUAAUGAUUGUUAAUUGAUGAGCGAUUCGUUUCGAUUUGAUUGCAAGCGAGAUUCGCACAGAAAGCCAGACCAGACCGAAAGGUUGAUUGGGAGUGAAAGAGAAGAAGAGCAAAGCAGAGAGAUAGCUAGCUAGCUAGUGAACAAGAAGAGAUGACAAAAGUAAGCAAUAAUAGGAGAUAGAAAAAGAGUCGUGUUUCAAUUUUAUUUAUUUGUACUCUUCCUUUUUAUAUGAAUCAAGAAUAUUACACGUAUACGAUUACUCAAGUUAUAUACACUGAGAAUGCACGUUAGGAACUUGGAAUAUCUUGUGAAACAUUUGCGUUUAGCGAGAAGGUAAUCACACAUAAUGAUGAUGAUAACUCGAUUCCUGGAAUCGCGUGUAUUCCUAUUUCAAACGAUUGUGCCAUUAUUGAUUUGUGGAAUACAUUAUCAGAAGAAUUACGUGAAGAUGAAACAAGAAUUCCCUUUUUCCCAAUUUGCUGCAUUAGCUCCCACCAAUCGUAACAACUAUAUCAACACACGUUUAGAAAUCCAUUUUAAAUUGCAAUGACACGCCAAGAAAAUCCGCUAGAAAGUUAUGAUAUCAUAUUUAAAUUGUUCAUUUUUUUUCGUAAUAUAUUUGAUUUCAAUUAGUAAAUUGCAGCAGUUUAUUAAAAUCUUGUAAUAUAUUUACGCUCGAUUGUAUAUACAAUGUAGAAUAUUAGCAUGACGACAACAUGAAAACGAUGGCACUUUCUGUCUCACUCUACUCUUUCUCUCUCUACUAAAGAAAGUAGUGCCCAUUAACAGGAGCAAGUUGUUGCUGUCUCGCUUGCGCCCACAUCCAUAAGCAUUAAGAUAUAUAAAUAUAGUAAUAAUUCGUACACUUUUCCCUACAAUUGCUAAUAGUUGGUCUAUUUCAUUUUGUUUCUAAAAUGAAUAUGAAAUAAAACUAAAACAGAAUCACAGCAGAGAUAAAAACUACAUCUAAAUACUAUUAAAAAUCUGAAAAGCAAAAAAAAAAUAUAUAUAUACAAAUAAGAAAAUACAUUGUAGUCAGCUAAGUUAUAAUGUGAGCGAAAUGUGAAGUACGAAGUUAAGUAUAUGAAAUAGUUAUAUUAAUAUAAUAUACAAUAUUUAAUUAGGGCAAACCACAAGUGAAACAAAAACACACACAUUAACACAAACACAUAACAAAGAGUUUGUAAAGAAAAUUGUAUAAUUCUAAGAUUGUAAGAUUGCACAUAGUUUUUUUUUUUCGUUUUUUUUCUAGAUGUUUAAACAAUGGAAUUCUAUUAACUAUUAUUAUAAACGAUUUAGUCUGCUGCUUAUAGUUUAAGUACAACACACAGAUACAUACAAUUAUAUAUACAUGCAUAUAUAUAUAUUAACAACAAAAAACUAAUAGUUGUAAAAAUUGAGCUAAAUUGCGUGCGCAAUUCUCACGCUAAUAUUAUUAAGUGAAAUUGCGCGGCAACAAAAAAGAAGCAUCAAAACACAGUUUGAAAAGAGUCAGAAAGGAAAUCCCCCAAAAUUCUCGAAAACGAAAAUAAUUGUAUAGGAGAAAAUAGUUUACACACAUUUUACACUCACACACACACACAAUUUUGUUUUUUAAUUGAUCAAAGUUUAGAGCAUUAUUAUUAAUAUUAAUAUAUACAUAUAUAUAUAUAUGUAUAUUUAUAUAUAUUCCCAUGGAUAAGCCUAGCUCUUAAUGUUUAACGAUAAGCUGCUUCUUUUAUUCGGGCCACAAAACUGUUUUAAUUAUUAUCCUAUCCUCAAUGAAAUAUCCCAAUACUACUUCUGUACUAUUACUAUUAUGAUUACCAUUUACCAUUACUAUUAUUAUGAUUAUACAUAUUAUUAUUAUUACGAUUAUAUUUAAAAACAAUGUGCACCUAAAAACCGACAGAAAAUAGCAACAAAAAAAAUCGAUUGUACAAACACAUUGUCGUCGUCUCCCCCUCAAGACGAUGAUGUGUUUAAAAGGCAAACAAAAAAAAACAAAAAAGAAACGAGAAACUAAAAAAAAAAAACAGAACCGACAAACCAAAAACAAAAACGGUGUAAAAUUAUUCAUUAUCACGUACAUAUAUACAUAUAUAUGUAUAUAUAUAUAUUUGUGUAUAUAUGCAAUUCCUGCCAUUUAUUAGUGUACAUACACGCAUACAUCUAUACGUAGUUAUAGAGAAACAUCUAUAUAAAUAUAUAUUUAUUUUCGUCUUAUGGCCUCCCCUAUCCACAAAUACUACCCCCCUUGUUCCACCCCAUCAUUCUCUACACUUUAACUUAAACGUACUGCCAUUUUGAGAGAGGUUUUUAAAACAAAAACAAAAGAAAAAAGAACUACAACAUUUAGACUUUGUACAUGUAUAACAUUUAGGCUGUUCUUCUUUCCAAUUUAAGUGACAAGAAACCAAAACAACAAAGAAAACAAAAAACUUAAGGAUUGUAUUAAGUAUAAGAGAAACGAAUUGUGUGCAUGCCCCACUUCCCCGCCCCACUUCCACAACACUUGCGUAUCGCCCACGCUCCACGUUCCUUUGGAAUCCUCUUAGCGCUCCAGCACAAUCAUUUCUUGAUAGUCUUUCGAUAGCAGCUGAAAGCUUUUGACUUUCACAGCUGCUUUGAAGCCCACCUUACACAUACACACACACUAACACACUUAUAGAGAGAGAGAGAGAGUCGCACGCACACAUACAUAACACACACAGACACACAUAUACUGAAUACAGCUGCAGACGGCGAAUGGUGAGAAAGAAAGUCGAAAGUGGAGAGAGAGAACGAGUAACAAAUAAGAAUUAUUAAAUUUAUGCACUCUGUUGAAUAUUUAUAUAUAUAAAUGUAGUUAAUAAAUAUGAACUAAUUAUAAUAAAUACGCAUACAAACAAAGUACAUUACACAUACACCUACAUACAUGUGUGUGUGCGUGCGCGGUAAAAAGUUAGGUUAGGUUUAAGCAUUAAGACUUUGACGAAAACACACGAUGCAAACAAUUUACUAAACAUAUUUAAAUAUACAUAUAGUAUAUGCCUGUGUAUGUGUAUGUUAAUAGCACUCACACACACACACACACACAACAGAGAGAAACACUCAGACGAUAGUUGAUGAUUAAUAUUUAAUAUUAGUGUUGAGGUUAUGUCGUAACUUUUUCAAUAUCCGAUCACUGUUUGCCUAGCCAAGUAAGCUGUAACUUGUAACGUGAAACUAAUUCAAAUAUGUUUUUUGUUUUCAUUUGAUAACCAAUGUUUUUUUUUUUGCUUUUUUAAUAUGUAUAUCGGUGUAUUUAUAUCGGCUAAAGCGAUUGUUGUUGUUUAGAAACCGAUCUAACGCGAACAUAAUGCAUAUGAGAUAUGAUAUAUAUAUAUAUUUAUUUAUGUAUAUGUAUGUCGAAACCUAUAUAGUUAUAUAUAUAUUUAAAUAUAUAAUGUAUGUACUAUAUGCAUAACGUAAACGUAACGUAAAGUAAAUCGUAAAUCAACUGAUGUAUAAUGUAUACUUAGCAAAUUCGAUGCGUAAGCCGGUCAAUAACGAUAAUGAUAACGAUAACUAUAAUGAUAUUGAUAUUUGAUGAAUGACGAAGAUGAUGAAAAGCCGUUGCCGAAGAUGCGCUGCAAAUGCAAACCGAGGCAACAGCUCCCAAUAAAUGCCGUGUCUCCCACGCACGCAAAAAACAAAA